AUGCAAUCUCUGUUCGGCGGCGCCGGCGAGCUGGGCCUGCUGGGCGGGGCCGGCGACGGCGGCGGCGGCGGCCUGAAGGAGGACGGCUGCGGCGGCGUGGGGUGGCGCUCGCCGCCGCUCCCCGCCGACGACGUCUACUCGUCCUCGCACUUCGCCCUGAUCGCCGCCUACCAGGACAUCAAAAGCCGGCUGGGCGGCCUCGAGCGCGAGAACAGCAGCAUCAAGAGGAAGCUGAAGAUCUACGAGAUCAAGUUCCCGAUGAUCAGCGAGUUCGGCGAGGACGCCAACUCGUACUGCUCCUUCGAGAGCAAGGAGACGGCGCUGCUGCACUCGGAGAACGACAACCUGCAGCAGAGGGUCAACAUCCUGACGCACGAGCUGCAGAAGAGGAAAGAGCGCGAGGAGCAGCUGGAGGAUGUGAUCCAGGCCUACGAGAAGAUCCACAUGGAGAAGAGUAACCUCCAGCGGGACUUGGACAAGAUGACGGGCCUGGUGGAGAAGCACGUGGAGCGCAUCCUCGGCCUGGAGGCGGCGCUGCGGCAACGGGACAAUUCCCUGCACAAGCUCAACUUGCAGCUCCACAGCAAAGACAUGCAGUACCUGCAGCUGCACGCCGGGCCCGACGUGCACAUGCUGGACUGCCCCGCCCUGACCCUGCAGAGCUCGCGCAGCCUGGACGCCCUGUCGGACCUGAAGGUGCAGCGGCUGGAGGCCGAGCUGGAGGGGGCUCGGCACGAGGCCCAGGGGGCGGCCCGGCGGGAGGAGGAGCUCAAGGCGCAGUGCGAGCGCCUCAAGGAGGACGUCAGGCAGCUGCAGGGCGGCCAGCGGGACAGGGAGAUGUCGUCGCCGUGCAAGCAGUGCGACGUGGAGUGGAUCAAGAAGGUGGGAGACGAGCAGGUCAACCUGGCGCUGGCCUACACGGAGCUGACGGAGGAGCUGAGCCGCCUGCGAGCGCUGAGCUCCAAGCAGACGGAGAUCCUGAGGAAAGCCUCGCAGGAGCAGCACAGUCCAGUCCAGUUGCACUCGCCCAUCCACCACCAGCGCCACUCGCCCGGAUCCCAGCGCCACUCGCCCGGAUCCCAGCGCCACUCGCCGGCGGCGCCCCCCGCGCCCGCGCACCACUCGCCCAUCCCGCAGCGGCGCUCGCCCGUGCUGCAGCGCCUCUCGCCCGACACGCACCGCCGCUCCCCCCUGCUGGACGUCGGCGACGGGGGCCCGGCCUCGUACUCGUGCCGGCCGCCCAGCCAGCACCUCCGCGCCAGCUUCCAGGGCCGCCGCAGCUACUCGGAGGUGACCGACCCGUCGGCGUACCAUUGCCCGCCGCGCUUCUCCCUGGACCCCGUGUCCACGCUGCCUAAGCCCCGCCCCUUCGCGGAGGGCUACUCCAAACAGACGAGUCACUGCGGCCUCCAGCACAGAGGGGCGACGUCGUCCCACCAGGGCGGCGCCGGAGGAGGCGACGACAGCGCCGUGCGCCACGCCAGGGAGAUGCCCUUUCCUCUGCGCUUCGAGCCGCCGCCGCCCCCCUCCCCGCAGGCCCCGCCCCCGCCGCCGCCCCCGCAGUCCUCGGAAGACGAGGAGGAGUGGAACUGCCCGCAUCCCAUCAGCCCGCCCAGGACUCUGGGCACGCUGUCCACCGCCUUGCCCGGGGGCGCCAUGAGGGGUCCGGCCUCCUGCUCGGUCUUCCCCGCCCCCCAGUGCCCCAACGCCCUGGGGUGCCGCCCCCAGCCCGGCUACGUGCUGGCCGAACACGCUCAGUCGUGGCCCUCCAUCAACCUCUGGAUGGAGACGGAGGAGAGCGACGUGCGGAGCUGCCCGCUCUGCCAGCUGAUGUUCCCCGUCGGUUACCCUGACGACGCCCUCAUCAAGCACAUUGACUCCCACCUGGAGAACAGCAAGAUCUGAUCGCCAUGGCGACCGAGGAGGGUUGCACGACUUUUUGUUUUCUCAUCCUUUUCACGCAAAAAAAAACAAACAAAAAAAAAGAGCAAGUAGGGUUGGAAAAUUUCUGGAAAGUUGCUGCUAAAUUUCCACGUGACGUUAAACGAAGGAAUUCAUUUAAUUUAUUGAAAUUCAUGGGAAUUUUGAGGGUAUUUUUUCCCCCCCAUGCAACAGUAGCUGUCCUUGCCUACAUGCGAGGGCAUUACACUAUUAUAUUUUCUCCCUUUUUUUUGAGGGGGGGGUGCACUUUUUUUGCGAUCAGUGCAAAUUUGGAAAAAAAUGGGUGUAAUUUUUUUUAUAAUGGUUUACAAUAAUGUAAGUCAAUAAUUGGCAUUUUUAUGGGGAAUUUGCGCCCUUUGAAGUGCAUUUAAAUUCAUUUUUCACAAUCCAGGCUUUCAUUUGGUAAAUUCCCGUUUCAUUCCUAUAAAUUCCCGCAAAUUCCCACAGACAGUUUCUGGAGUUUUGCCCCCCCCCCGCCAGGUGCACGGCUCCCUCUUGUGGAAUUGUGAGUCCGAUCACGUGCUUUUUCUUUGGCUUUUUUUGUUGUUUUUUUUCCCCCGAAUCAACGGCGGUCGGUCCGGCGGCGCCGCACGUUGGCGUCACCUUCGAAGCUUCAAAGUCGAGCGAGCGGCGCCGGCAUGCAACGUUUUGUGCUCACGUUAGAACUUUUACGCUCGCGGCCCGAUUUUUUAAAAAAAGGAAGAAUAAGAAAAAAAUGGAUAUUAGCACUUUACAUUCAUUUUUAACCUGUCUGUCUCAACCACCCCCAACCCGAUAAACUUUUUUUUUUCAUUAUUAUCAUUAUUAUAACUUAUUAUAUAAAUUACAUUAUUAUUUCUAUUUUGAAUCUGUUAAGGCAAAAAAUAUAUAUAUUUUUGCAGCACAUAUUUGGGGCUGGUGACAUGUUUUCACACAGUGUACAUAAAAAAAAAACAAAAACAGGUGACAAGCAACGCGAGUCUUCCUAAAAUAAAAUAAAAUAAAAAAACAAAAUGCUGGGGACAAAAGUAUUGGGCCAGUUCAUGAAUUCGGCGGCAAAGUGUAUAAAUAAUGUCUUUUGAUGGGAAAAUGAUCAUCCAUCAUCAUUCUCAUUUUUCAAGUAUAUUCAUAUGUAAUUUUACUCACCCAAAUUAUUGAACA